GUCAGUGGGGCAGACUGAAAAGCACAGUUCAAAAUUCUCUUCGUAUCAAAUUCCAAAUUUGUCUCGUCUUUUGGUCCCGGCAGCGUCUUUUACAUAGCCAAGUACAAGCGAAGCAGCGUCAACGACCAUUGCAGAUACAGAUACAAGAACAACAAACAACGCCAACGUCAACUUCAGUCAACGUGUGAAACGUCCUUUGAUGAUCUUCGAAAUAUCCUUGCAGUUUUAUUUGAUGCGCCAGUACGAGGUCGCACCUAUAGAAGGCGACGAGGGUUACUAGAAGGGUGAGCAAUACCAAUAGCAAUAGGAAUAUUAGCAACAACAACAACAAAGGCAACAUAUUGUGAGCGCGCCGUUUUCCAAGGGGCGGGGCAAAGACACAAGGGGGCAACUUACCGUUACAAUUAUCAAUAGAAGCCAUAUAGGAACAGAGAUUGAGCAGAAUGACCAGUUCUGGGUACACCACCAUCACCAACAUCGUGGAAUACGAUGAGUAUCUGUUGCCGGGCACCUACCUAUAUCCCAUGGUGCCGACUGCGCACAUGGAGUCGUCCUCGUUAGGCUGUUUUCUGCAGGAGGGCGCCCUGAUGCCCUGGUUUCAGCCGAUCAACAGCUCAGCCACCUAUGUGGUCAGCCCAAUGGGUGUGGUAAACUAUUUGAGCGAUUUGGAAUCGCACAUGAGCAUUCCGAGAGGCGAUAAUCUGAGCUCCGGUCUAAUUCUUGGAUUGCUGCAGAACGCUGAAUCGGCCGCACAGAUGUCUCAGUUACCCGGCAUGUAUGAGGUGACCGAAGUGGAACUGGUGGAGGGCAAUCAGAAGGAACACUACUCAGCUAAGCAGGGUGUGUGGGGCGAGCAGGCAUCAAAGUACGACGAUGAAGGAAGUACUGACCAGAAGGAGGACGAGGCGUAUGCCUCGGGCGACGAGAACGAGCAGCCGACCGGCGCUAACAGAAAUGUCUACCGAGCCGCGGGGGGCUAUUUGGUGGAAGAACCAGGCUCCGAAGAAGAUGAAAUUGGUAAAGGCCAGGAGCAGCAGUCCAAGGCUUAGGCAAGUGAGGCCGCUGCUGUUCCCUGUUCUACGCUCUUAUUAAAAUUUAUCCAAGUUUACUUUAUUUUCCCAAUUGUUUACGUUACGACUCGAGAUACAUACAUACAUACAUUGUGAAACGAACGAGAUAUAUAUACAUAUAUAUAUUUAUACACACAGUAUAUUGCCCCAAUUUGGCUAUAUGCUUAAGUAUUUAUAUAUAUAUUGUUAUGUAAGCAAUUGCAAAUUGCUAGUUCAACUUAUUGUUGCAAGUCAGAGCCUAUGCAUGAAUAAAUCUAUCGAUAUAUUUUAUAACGUUACAAAAA